AGCCUGUUGGCAGGACGCUCAAACAUAACAGGAGCACUGGAGACCACUUCGCUGUGCAUGAACCAUUCCUGGACACGAGCUCUGGCUACAAAGACUUUGCGGAUUACACUGGUUGUUUCACCUUUUGAUCGCAAGCAAACGACCAGAAGUGGCCAUGGAUUUUCUCAAUCACAACUAUUUGAAUGCGCGCAGCCCAUAUGACUAUACUUUUAAUUUCUGGAACGACUAUCUCGGGCUGACGACGUUGGUUACGAAGAAUAAUAAGCUCAGCAUGCCCCAGAACCCCAACUCCAUCACCGAGUCCCUGAAAGCGACCCUGGGCUUGGACGAUUCCCCGGCGUGUCCGUGCGUAAUCGCGGGCGGCGUUGGAGACAGCGGGCACAUGGACUGCUGCUGCCCGUCCGGGAGCCCCCCGCCGGCCUCCAUCCUGGACUUGAAGGAGCGUUUCUCGAUACUGAGCCCCUUCCAGAAUCAGCUCGGCGUCCAGCCAGAGCGAGAGGUAGGCUUUGGUGGGAGCUUCCCGGGGUUCGAUCUGUUCGGCAUGGAGAGGAAGAUGCGCAAACCCGCUUCCAGGAGCAAGCAGGAGCCCAAAAUCUGCGUCUUCUGCCGAAAUAACGGAGCGCCUGAGGAGGUGUACGGCUCUCACGUCCUGAAGACUCCGGAUGGCAGGGUUGUGUGCCCGAUUCUGAGGGCUUAUACCUGUCCCCUUUGCAGUGCCAACGGGGACAAUGCUCAUACGAUAAAAUACUGUCCUCUGUCAAAAGACCAGCCAUCCCAGCGACCAUUAAAGGGAGGGAGGGCUGUGGGUGGUAAGAGGAUGAAAAUAUUCUAAACAUACAUGACUAUAAAGUAAAUUGAAUUGCACUGAACAAUUUCCAGAUGACUGUAUUGAUUUCGGCUCUAGCCUUUAUCCCAGUUUCAUAAACAUAUUGAUUUUAUCUUUUUUUCUCUAAGAUCUCUUAUAUUUUUAUAGUUCUUUUAUCCACAUAGAAUAAUUUUAUGCUUUAUACAUUGGAUUUAUUUUUCUUGCUAGUUUGUAGUCAUUUGAGCGUGUGCAUAUAAAUGCAUGUAUCAAUAAUCACAAAGUGUGAAUACAUUUUAAGAAAAGUAUUUUGGUCAUGUAGGGAAACACACUGACAUUGGCAAAUGGGAUGAAUGUCAUAUUUCUACCAAGUAUUUUUGUACGGUGAGCAAAGCUCGCUGCGAUUUUCUUUCUUAGAAAACCAAAGUUAUGUUUGCCAUUAAAGAAGCUCAAGAAUGUGUCAUUAAUGAGUACUUGUGUGCGUCUGACUGGAGGAGGAACUCUUUGAUCCCAUCUGCCUGCCUAAAAACUCCACAACAUAUUUUCCAACUUGCUCUAAACGUUGACAUUAAAUCUGCGAGGCAGGAAGAAAAAAAGACAAUGUGGCCUCUGUUUAGAGCUCAUGUUCUCUGGGGAACAUUAUAAUCAAUUAUUGCCAAGCCAAACUUCUUUUCCAAUCCGAUGUGAUGAGAACGUUAUCUGACUUUACAAGCAGUUAGAAAUGAGAGAUACUAGCCUACAUUUUAUAUGUUUACAUUCCCAAAUAAGGGCGACACACUGGAUUUCUUUUCUCUGUCAGGUCUCUCUCUCUCUCUCUCUCUCUCUCUCUCUCUCUCUCUCUGUAUGGUGUUUUGUUGUUUUGGUUUGCCCUGACAAUGAAUUCACCAGUGAGUCACAUAGACAGGUCUGCUCUGCAAUAUCAAGUGGAGUGAUUUCCCAUUUACCUUUCACUCUGGGGUAAAUGGGCGCAAACGAAUGUUAGUAAACAACAACAUGUUAUCCCAUUUUUUCUUUUCUGAAGAAUCCAAAAAAAGAUGCAAAAAUGUUGUGAAUGUAUGAUUGAAAGUGUCACUUGCAGGACUGCACAUUUCUGACAGUUUUGUUUACCAAAGGAAUACAAUUACAUUGACGAAAGAAGAGAGAUUUGCUGUAUUGUAUAUAAAGUGAUGUUUAUUCAGUAUUUUAACAUUACAAGUGACUUCAGAGGGCGCUACCUCAACAGGAUUUUGUACUUACAUGUAAAAUGUCACAGCAGACAUGAUAUAGUGCUGCCAUUUAUAAUAAGGGUUUUGAUAGUAUUUUUGAUCUUUGUAUAACAUAAUUGUAUUUUCAUUUUGUUGCAUUUAACAUUAUGGAAGUGAAUUUCCAAGAAGCUAUAAGCAUUGCUCACCAUAAGGUGACUGUCUGUAAAUAAUGAUUAUACCCAUACUUUUUAAAGUUUAGUUGUUCAAUGUUACAUUCUUAAGAGUGUGCAAGAGAGUGGAUAUGGAAAAAGGCUGACAAAAAUUUGCCACUUUUAACAGAGGUUUUUUGAUUAAAUGAAUAAUAGAAAAAGAAACACUGUUGAACUUUGUUAUUUAUAUUUUACCACAAUUUCCUGUAUGCUGCUGUGCAGAAUAACAACAUAUGAAUCCACUAGAGAAAUAAAAACUUAUCAAAUAUUUGGA